UUUAAAAAUAGCUUGCAGCUCGUCCAGUGGCAGCUGUAACUGGAUACACACGUCUCUUGGCGCCUGCACACGCUGCGUCGCUGGGAACAAUGUCCUCCGACCUGUGCUCCGUAGAUUUUGAGAUCCAUGGACAUGUGCAAGGUGUCUGUUUCCGAAUGUACACAGAGAAGGAGGGGCUGAGCCUGGGCUGUGUGGGCUGGGUGAAGAACACCAAUAAGGGGACGGUGGUGGGGCAGGUGCAGGGCCCAAGAGACAAGGUCACAGAGAUGAAGACCUGGCUGAGUACGAAGGGAAGCCCCAGCAGCCGCAUCACCCACGCGGACUUCACCAACGAGAGGGACAUCCCUCAGCUGGAGCUGUCUGGCUUCAAAACACGUGCAGGGAAACUUCAGCACUUUAUGCAACGCUGACAACCUGAGGCUCUGGUCACUGCCAUCUCAAUGAAGCAGGAACGACUUGUGGUUAUUAAUGUGUAUAGUCUUAAAGAAACUCUGAUUUACACGUGAAAUUGUUUUAGAUUCCCAAAUGACUGAAUCAAAAUCCUUGUAGGCUAGUCCCUCCACUUGGCGGCCAUUUUGCAACAUAUUUUGGGCACUUGUCGGGCAUCUAUUUGGGGCAGAACUGCGUGUGCCCAAGGCUUCACGACACCAACCUCACUGAAGCUGUGAGAUCACAUCACAUGAUUGGUACAGUGCAGAGCCAUAUAAAGAGAGAGUUGCGACAACUCCAUUGUUGUAUGUUCCAUAUUUUCUCAACAAUAGUUCCCGGAAGUUAGGAUCGAACAGACAGUAAAAGACGGUUAUUCUAUGAUUCUAACGAACAGUCAAAAUCGCUUCCGGGAACUAUUUGAACUACUUGAAGUUACACGAACCACGUCACAAACCUAAUUUUCUGUACCCGGGUUGUCGCAACUCUCUCUUUAUAUGGCUCUGGUACAGUGUAUUCACAACACAUCACAUGAUUGGCACAAUGUAUUUACUGUCAUCUUUUGGUGGCGGAAGGGGUGGAAUAUGUGUGGAAUGGACGACUGCCACGUUUGUGUUACGACUAAUCCCACGACUAACCCCAUACAUUUUUAUGGGAGAUUCUUUGAGUGCUGUGUGUCCUUAUUAGAAUAUCUCUGACUAAAUGUUCCCAAAAUUCUCUCUGUCUUAAGUUGUAGGAAUUCACAAAUAGUCUUGAUUCUAUUUCUCAUUAAAG